AUGCCGACGCACCCGGAGACGCCGACUGCCGCGGCCAGCGCCGCCUCAGCGGAGCCUCCGGUGCACGCAAGCGCCAAACAAGAUGCGCAGACCGACGGCACAUCAGCCACACCCGCUGACGUGACCAUGGAGCCCGCAGAAGGCGAGAAAUCCAGGGACGACGGCGACGCGUCGGUUGGCGCGCAAAACUCCGCGCCCGUGGAGGCUCCUGGGGCUUCGGGGGACGUCAAAAUGGAGGAAGAAGGGAGUUCAGAGAAGAAUUUGAGGUGUUCCGAGUGCGGCCUUAUUGAGAGCUCCACGCGGGGCGAUACGCUCCGCGUCUGCGUGGGCUGCAAGCUUGCAGUGCAUGAGAAGUGCUACGCGGACGCGUUGCCAGUGCCCGAGACGGUGGCGAAGGGUGAGACGCAGCAGGACGACGAGGAAAUGAAGGAUGCGGACUGGAAGUGUGACUGCUGCCGCCGUGGAGUCGAACGGCGAGCUGCUACGUGCGUGUAUUGCGGCAAAGGAGGUGGCGAGGGAGCGUUGAAGCUCGUGGAGACAGCAGGAGAUGCUGCUUUUUGGGGCCGGUGCGCCAAGUUUGGGGAGGAAGAGGAGAAGGAAGCAACGACGGGUGAUGCGGUGCAGUUCGGUCACGUGCUGUGCAUCAAUUGGGAUCCGCGGCGACUGGCUGCGCACGUUGUGAGGGAGAGCAAGAUCAAGCCUGUUGAGAAGUUGACGAAGAAGGAAGCGGCUGCGAGGGAGGCAGCAGCAAAGGAGGCGGCGGAGGCUGCUGCUACAGAGGAGACUAGCGGUGAAGCUGAGAAGACGGAGAAACCUGCGGAGGAAGUCGAAGAAGUGGUGCCUGACGUGAACGAAGUGAUGAUGAGGGAUCCGCUAACGCCGGGUGAGUGCUGCUUCUGUCACUCUGGUCGUGGUGUCCGGAUACAGUGUCGCCGAGUAAACUGUGCGCAGUUUUUCCACGCCAUGUGUGCGCAUAAAGGGAACGGGCACGUGGAGCUUCGGGCCGGUCAUAUCCUGCAGUUCCACGCGUAUUGCGAGCGCCAUCGCGACUGCACCGAGGACAUUGGCGACCUCCUAGCCAAGCUAAUCACGCGCCCUAUUCGUCUACUCGUUGGCCGUGAUGACAUGCGUCGGUUUGGUACGGUUGCGAAGCACUUGCCGGAUUACACCACUGCUGCUGAGGUGAUCCGGGAUAUUGCGGCGCUGGCGGUGGGGUAUUGCAACAAGGGACUGCGCACUUGCAAGACCGAGCCGCCUGAUUACAACUACAAGCACCUUCAGGUUCUUCAGCUGAUCCUGAGUUACGUGCCGCAGCUCGAAAAGGUGUACGCACUGCCGCCGACGCCUGCUCAGGACUUGGUUAACGACAAGAAGUUGUUCCGUCGUCUUGAAAGGGCAUUCAACCCGCCGAGGUACUUGGCCAAGUAUCCUGGUCCGUUCAGCCAGCAGCAUACUUGUGACGUGUGCUUAGACCCAUUCCACGAGCGGCAACACCUUUUCUACUGCUCUGGGGGCGACGAGUCUGCCGUUCCUCACGUCCAGCACUGGAGAUGUACGAAGCGUCGCUCAAGUGCUCGUGAACGCGAACGGUAUCUGCCCGUGGCUGGCACUACAGCUGGCGCCAAGAAGAAGCGGAAAUCGAUCUCAAUUGUUCAGGAUGGAGUGCGAAAGGACAUUACACUUCCCAAGGGCCUCCCAAGUAUGACGGAUGACAUUAUUUGCGGCGUCUGUCGUGCCCCAGUUGAUGCACGUGGCCUCAUCGCAUCCCGUAAGGAGGCCAAGCGAUUGGACUUUGAGAAGAAGGAGAGCAAGUUUGUCCAGAACGGUUGCUACAUCAACCCUCUAAGUGCCAAAGGGUACAACGGCUACGCCCACGGCACAGCUUCGAACGCGUCAGUUCGUAAGCCACCGAAGCCAACUGACUGGAAAUCCAAUGGCAGCUUGACAGGGCAAUAUGUAGCGGCUCAGCAAGCGUUGGGUCCACCGAAGAUGGAUCGGAUCAACGUCCAGCGCACUACAAGGUGGCUAGCCUGCGUGGCCCAAAUCAUUCGCCUCACUGGCACCCCAGCCUCGACCACUGCUACGACUUCGAAACCCUUAGAGAAGCCCACUGGUAAGCCCGACGAAGGUGUGUCUACAGCGGCAGAUGCCUCCACCGCAGCAUCCUUGAGCGUGAACGGUACUGCUGGUCCAAAAGACAAUGCAGAGAUAAAAUCGGCACCAGACGCAGCGGUAGCAGGAUCUAACGCGGUCAACGGCGUAUCCAAGACUGAACCAGAAGCGGAACAACCUCCAGUACCUGCCACUACCCCUUCGCCGAGGACCCGAUCCCCUAGGACGAAGGACACCUCGCUCGUGACGCCGGCAAUACAAGCCCAGUUCGACGAAGCCAUGCGCCUGGUUCGGCCGUACGACUCGUACGCCUUGAGCAAGUUAGAAACCGCGUACGAUAUGCUCGUGCACCGCAGCGGCCCCGGCGUUGCGGUGCUGCGUAUGCUCACGCACGAGUACACGCGCUUCGUGUAUAUCAAGCACACUCGCGCAGUGGAGAAGGCGCGCAACGAGAAACGCAAGCGCGCCGAGCACGAAGCGCAGGAGCACAGAGAGAAGGAGCGCAAGCGCAUGAACCUCGAGGCGGAGCGGGCACUCAAGAAGCAGAUGCUGGCCAUGCGCAACAAGCAGCGGCAGCACCUGAAGGCCACGUCGUCCAAGUAA